CCGCUUUCUUCCCACCCAUUUCCUUCCCCCUGUCCCGUGCCUGGAAUUUGCUUCCCCUCCCUCCCAUCCUGCAUCCCAGCCGAGAAGAAUCCCCUUUCCGCGCUCUAAGUGGCUGUGGAAAGGGGUCCCAGCCCCCAGAUCCACGCUCCCUCCCCAGACCUUCCCGCCCCAAGGCCAAGAUCCAUCCAAGAUGGGGGUCAGCCGUGGCUGUUUGCUGUGCGUUAAGGUGAAGAUGUUUGUCUUCAACCUUAUCUUCUGGCUAGGUGGUUGUGGGGUGCUCGGCGUGGGAGUCUGGCUGGCUGUCACUCAGGGUCGCUUUGCCACCUUGUCCUUCUCGUUUCCGUCGCUGUCGGCAGCAGGGCUCUUCAUGGCCACCGGAGCCAUUAUCAUGGUGGUGGGCUUCCUUGGAUGCUUGGGGGCCGUCACGGAACAUCGCUGCCUGCUUCUAACGUUCUUCCUGGUUCUGUCCACUCUCUUCCUCCUGGAACUGGUUGGGUUGUUGGUGUUUGUCACCUGCCGGGACAAGUUCGAUGGCUAUGCUCAGGCCAACCUGAAGGAAGGGCUGAAGCUGUACAAGACAGACGACAACCUGGGCCUUACCCACGCCUGGGACCUUGUGCAGACGGAGUUUCGUUGUUGUGGGGUGCAGAACUACACAGACUGGUUUGUGCACAACAGAACGCAGGUGCCGGAAUCGUGUUGCAUGCUGCCCAGCAGCUGUCAAGUGGAGAGUGCUCAGCCACCAUACUUGUGGUCAGAGCCCUGUUAUGGGAAGGUGAAGAACUGGCUGGGGCAGAACAUCUCUGCGAUGGGCAUCUUUGCCGCCUGCAUCAUUGUGGUCCAGGUCUUGGGCAUCGUGUUCUCCAUGCUGAUGUACUGCCAGGUCCGGCGGGCAGAGAAGUAUUAUGACUGAGUUGGUUUGAGGACACCCUCUGUCCAUGGAUCCUCGAAAGGGGCAUGCAGUUGAGAAGACAAGGGCAUUUCUGGAUCCUGUGGAGCCCCUUCCUUCCUUCCUCUCCACCUUUUUUGGCCAAGCCGUAGGCCAAAUCCUCAUCAUUUAUUCAAACAUAUUUUAACCUGGAGUGGGGAGGAGAAACCCUUCUUUCUCUUUGGCUGCCCGACCCUCUCUUCCCCACUCAACUGGGGCUCCACUUCCUUUUGUCUCAGCCUCUGUGUUCUUUCUGUUUUGUAUCAUAUAGCCUCCCCCCCAAUUCUGUUGCUUUUGUAUAUAACAGAACUAUACUGAGUACCAAUUAAACAAUACAAACCUU